UUUUGAUUUAUAUCUCAACCAAAAUCUAAUGUAUGAAUCUCUUCUUUCUCUCAAGGCAUGGGAAACUGGUCAAGAUAGCCAAUAUGACCAAAAGCUAAGGAAAAUAUCAAAACAUGUUUCGCAGUGAAAUACAAAAUGAACUGAUUUGGAUGAAUUAAAAAUGAAAGAAUGCUUAAACAGAUGAAGCCAGCCUCAGAAGCAAGCAGAGAUCUUUAUCUAUACCAAGAAAAAGAAGUUCUUUGAUAUGAUUGCUACAUACUACAACAAUCUUCCUUCUGACAUGAGUGCUGAAGGCAGAAAAGAAGAACUUCAUCAAUUUAAAAGUGGAGAAGAACUUCUCAAGGAUGAGAUAUUAAAUAAACUUGAUGCGAUUAUAGAGGAGCUAUAAAUUAUUCAAUUUUACUCACGUUCA